ACGCCCAAGACGGAAUCGGCCAAUACUCAUACGGUUACGUUGGCCCAUUAAGCUCGAAAAGCGAAGCAAAAACAGCGGACGGCAUAACGCGUGGUGGAUAUUCUUACUUGGACGCUAGGGGAGAAAUCCAAACCGAACACUUUCAGCGCUGAUCCUUGGAACGCACUUAUCAUGGCCAUCGACUGCGCUCCCAAUGUUGCAGUCACCGUUAUCAAUAAUACCGAUAUCAAGCACCGAAGGAUCGUGGAUAGUAUCGGUAAUUACCUUGAGUGCCUGCGCCGGUGCAAUUCCUACAGGAGUAAUCGCGAAUGCAGUGGGACCAAAACGAACACUUCAGAUAAUGGCUAUACCUCUGCUGGUGUCGUGGUACCUUAUUGCAUUCAGUAAAUACCUUUGGGUGAUAUAUUUAGCAAGACUGUUAGCGGGAGUUGGUGUAGGAUCAACAUGUGUGGCGGCACCAAUGUACGUAACGGACAUAGCGGAAGUACGAGUUCGUGGCUUGCUGGGAACCUUCUUCCAGUUACAGAUAACUAUAGGUUUCCUAAUAGGAUAUACUUUCGGAGUCCUUAUUGAAAGUUUCCAAAUCCUCGCCCUGGUCUCAUCGGUGUUUCCCAUUAUUUUCCUAGUAGCUUUCUACUUCAUGCCGGAGUCGCCCACUUUUCUCCUUUCAAAAAACAGGAUUCACGAAGCCAGAAUGGCCUUACAGUUCCUAAGAGGUCACGGCCACGAGAUCGAAAACGAGCUGUCGACAAGAAAGGAAGAGCUUAACGAAAUCGCUUCUAACCAAUGCAAGUUUUCGGACUUGUACAGAUGUCAAGCGACAAUGAAAGCGAUGAUUAUUGCCUUGGGCCUGAUGUUCUUCCAGCAGUUUAGCGGUAUCAACGCCAUAUUGUUCUACGCUGGAACUAUUUUCAAGGACGCGAGUGGCUCGCUUUCUUCCGGUUGUUGCACUGUUAUUAUUGGUACCGUUCAAGUUUUAGCAACACUAAUGGCUGCAACGCUCAUCGAGCGAUUGGGCAGAAAGAUUUUGUUGCUUAUAUCCGGAUGGAUAAUGGCAGUCUGUCUAAUUACCAUUGGCGUAUACUUCCACUUGGCUAUAUUGGAUUAUGACGUAACAAGUUUUGCGUUUGUUCCACUGGUAUGCACCGCAGUUUAUAUAGUUGCUUUCUCUGUCGGUUUCGGGCCAAUACCCUGGAUGAUAGCUGGCGAUAUUUUCUCGACUAAGGUGAAAGGACUUGCGUGCUCGAUCUCGACAACGUUCAACUGGACCUUGGCGUUUACAGUUACUAAGCUUUUCAUUCCGCUAAGGGAUGAAAUUGGAAUUGGAUUCACAUUCAUAAUUUUUGGUGUGGUAUGCGUACUUGCGUUCCUAUUUACGCUUACGUACAUCCCAGAGACGAAAGGAAAGAGUUUAGGAGAGGUGCAAAUCUUGUUAGCGGGGGGUAAGGGAAUACAACAGCAUUUGGUCACUCAGAAAGCGAGCUUUAAAGUGUGAUACUUGCAGAUAAAAUUGCGUACGACUGAUAUUUAUUAUGGUGAUUAUUACCAGCUAAUUAAUCGUAAAGCUAAAUUAACGUGCCCCUUGCGUAUUUUGUACGGUUGUAAUUGUAAACCAUGGUGGCAAAAGAACUCAGUUCUGAGUUGAUACGUUCGUUGUAAAUAAAGUUGCAUUGUGAUAUCGAA